CAUACGGUCAUGUGACCCACACUCAGCCAUCUUGUCGAAAACGAAGAGAGAGAGACACAACACGCAUACAAACCCUGUGCUGUCAGAACUAGCUGAGAACUUCAAGGAAGAAUGGCCGAAACCCAGACACUUAACUUUGGACCAGAAUGGCUCCGUGCCCUGUCUGGAGGUGGUGGUGGCAGUGGUGCUGGUGGAAGCAGCACCAUUGUUGCCUCUCCACCCCUCUCACCUGCGUUGCCAAAGUAUAAACUUGCAGACUAUCGUUACGGGAGAGAAGAAAUGUUAGCACUUUAUGUAAAGGAUAACAAGAUCCCUAUAGACUUACAUGAUAAGGAGUUCUUACCAAUAUUGCAAGAGGAACCCUUGCCACCUCUGGCACUUGUGUCUUUUACAGAGGAGGAACAGAGAAAUUUUUCCAUGUCUGUAAACAGUGCAGCUGUUCUUCGGCUGACAGGGCGAGGAGGUGGACCGAUAGCUGGGGCACCAAGAGGCCGAAGUACAUCAAGAGGUAGAGGUCGGGGAAGAGGUGAUGGAGGAUUUUACCAAAGAAGUUUUGAUGAUGUGGAAGGUUUUGGUCGUGGAGGGAGGGAGAUGCACCGCUCUCAAAGCUGGGAAGAAAGGGGUGAUAGAAGAUUUGAAAAGCCAGGUCGAAAAGACCCAGAUGCUGCUCCAGGACAUUUUCAGAUUAAUCACAUCCGAGGCAACUAUGAGGACGGUGGGACAGGAUUACCAAGGAAACACGACUUUACGCGAUCAGAGAGUGAGAACUGGCGUACUUCUCGUGAUGAUCAGAACGGUGAGGAUGAUGAGGGGGGCUGGCGCCUGGCAGGUUCUCGACGGGAAAGUGACCGGUGGUGCCCCCCGAGCCCAGAUGGGCCUCGGUCAGCAGGGUGGCGGGAACACCCCGACCAACGGCGACGUUUCCCAUUCGAUGCAAGAGAAGACGAGCGUGGCUACAGGAGGCCGAGGUCAGGCAGUGGCAGCCUGGAGGAUGAGAGGGACAGCUUACCAGAGUGGUGUCUGGAGGAUGCAGAUGAAGAGGCGGGCACAUUCGACUCAUCAGGAGCCUUUCACUCCCUUAAGAAAGCCUCAAAGGAGCCAAUCCUGGAAGAAGCAGAGCUAGAUUUCAAACCCUUGGAAGAGUGUGAGGAGGGCCUGGAGGAUGAGGACGGCCCACCAAAGGAGACCAAAGAGACAGAAAAAGAGUCCAUCAGAGACGCUGACAGAAGAGAGUUGGCCAUUGCUUCAGAAGAGACUUCAGCUGUUGUUCCACCUGUUGCUCCGACUCUCUCAGGGUCCCUUCCCCCUGCACAGUGUUUGCCCCCAAACAAGCCCAGCAGAACAGAGGAGCCUGAGAGGCCAGCUGAACGGCAGCCCACCCUGGAUAUUCCCCCAGAGCCCUGCAAAGCCCCCAUGCACGUCCCCAUGACUACUAGCAUGCUCGAGUCUCUUCCGAUGACCCACAUUUCCACUACCCUGGCCGAAGUAUCUGCUCCAUUAACAACUGUCCAGCUACCACAGCAAAAGCCAAUAGAAGUUCCUGUAGCAAUGAACAAUCCUUUACCCUUCCCUUCAACUAUAAUGGCACCUAUUGGCAGGCCCAUCACUGUGCCACAUGACACUGAUGAAGAUGAAGGACUGAAACAUUUUGAGCAGGAGGCAGAAAAGAUGGUAGCAUACCUCCAGGACAGCGGGGUGGAUGAUGACAGACUUGCCGCAAAGACGCCAGAGAAACCCAAACCUGCAGGCCUGCCUCUUACCCAUGAAGCUGCUCUCAAGUGGUUUUACAAAGACCCACAGGGGGAGAUACAGGGUCCGUUCAGUAAUCAAGAGAUGUCAGAAUGGUUUCAGGCUGGUUACUUCACCAUGUCUCUGCUAGUCAAAAGAGGGUGUGAUGAAGUAUUUCAACCUCUGGGAGAAAUUAUUAAAAUUUGGGGAAGGGUGCCAUUUGCUUCAGGAUCUGCACCUCCACCUCUACAAGCAGAUGGUGACCAAGAAAGGUUGAAGAGGCAGCAGGAACUGACUGCUCUCAAUCUUUACCAGUUACAGCAGCUCCAAUAUCAAUACCUCCUCAGGCAGCAGUAUGCCCAGGCACUGGCCCAGCAGAAAGCUGCAGUUCUUAGUUCAGCUCCUCUCCAGCAGCAGCAGCAGCAUCAACAGCAGAUCAACCUGCUUCUACAGCAAUACCAAGCUCUUAAGAUAAGAGCUUCUGAUAGCCUUCUACCUCCUGUUACCCGAUCCCUGUCUGUACCAGACUCUGGUUCUGUGUGGGAAAUGCAGAACCCAUCCUCUCAGGCUUCCUGCACUCCAAACCUCCAACAAGCUGCUACAAGCACAUGGGAAGGCAGCAGUGUAUGGGAUUUGCCAAUAGAUUCUAUGGCACAGGCUCCAACUAUUGAGCAGAUGCAGCAGUUUGAGAAAGCAAAGUCUGCAAAGUUGGAGCUGGAGAGACGUGAGGCAGAAAUGAGGGCAAAACGGGAGGAAGAAGAGAGGAAACGUUUGGAGGAAGCUCUCAGAGCACGACAGGAAGAAGAACGGAAACGCCUAGAAGAAGAGGAGCUAGCACGGCAAAAACAGGAGGAAGCACUGAGACGGCAAAGGGAGCAAGAAGAGGCACAACGCAGGCAAAAGGAGGAGGAGGAGAGAUUGGCACAUGAGGAAGCUCUUAGAAGAUUAGAGGAAAGGCGGAGAGAAGAGGAAGAGACAAAGAAACGGGAAGACUUCCUUCGCAAACAGGAAGAGGAGCGCAGAAAGCAGGAGGAGCUAGAGGCAUUGAGGAGGCGUGAAGAGGAACAGAAGCGGGUGGAGGAAGAGGCAGCAGCUGCUGCAGCUGCUGCUGCUUUAGCACAGCAACAAGAGGAGCAAAAAAGACGGGAGCAGGAGGCUCAAAGACAACAGGAACUGCAGAGACAGAGACAACAGCAACAAGAGGCCCUCAGAAGACUGCAACAGCAGCAGCAACAGCAGCAGCAGCUUGCACAAAUGAAGCUUCCAUCCUCUUCUAAGUGGGGACAACAGUCAGCCAACACUCUAAACCAGACUCAGAAUGCCCUGUCAUUGGCUGAGAUCCAGAAACUAGAAGAGGAGAGAGAACGACAGUCACGUGAGGAGCAGCGACGUCAGCAGCAAGAGCUCCUGAAACAACAGCAACAGCAGGCCCUGCAACAGGCACAGCAGUCCCACGCCAAGCUGUCUGGUUGGGGUAAUGUGGCCAAACAGCCAGUCAUCACAAAGUCUUUGCUCGAAAUUCAGAGAGAAGAAGCCCAGCAGAUGAAGCAGCGGAAGGAGCAGCAGCACCAACAGCAGCAGCAUCCUAUCACCACCCAACAGACCCGACCUCAAAGCAGAACUACAUCUCUGAGUAACUCAGUGUGGGGGUCUGUUAACACCAGCACUAACUGGGGCUCAGACUCCAGCAGUAUUUGGGGUGAUACCCACAACUCAAACAUGGGCUUCUGGGAUGAGGCUGUGAAGGAAGUUGUCCAACAACCCCAACAGACUAAAAAAGGCAACACUCAGAAGAACAACAAAGGCAACGCCAACCUCAGUAACUCUUUGAGUGGGCGAGCUAAUAAGAAGGUAGAGGAGGAAGAAAAGUUGCUGAAGUUAUUUCAAGGGGUUGGUAAGAGCCAGCAAGACACCUUCAUGCAGUGGUGUGAGCAAACCCUGCACACGCUCAACACAGCCAACAAUCUGGAUGUUCCUACAUUUGCAUCCUUCUUGAAGGAAGUGGACUCUCCAUAUGAGGUGCAUGAUUAUGUCAGGGCUUAUCUGGGGGACACUCCUGAGGCCAAGGACUUUGCCAAGCAGUUCCUGGAACGCCGUGCCAAACAGAACGCUAACCAACAGAAACAGACACCUCUGAACCAACAACAAGCCGUCAAGCAGCAGCAGGAUUCUGUAUGGGGAGGAACAGGGUCGUCUUCGCUUUACCAGUCCAACCAUACGACUGGCCAGCAGCAGCGUUUUGAGACUGUCACCUCAGGGAAGAAGAAAAAGAAACAGAAGAUGGUCCGGGCAGACCCCAGCCUUUUAGGAUUUUCUGUGAAUGCAUCGUCUGAGAGGUUGAAUAUGGGAGAAAUUGAAACUUUGGAGGACUUUUAAGAGACUGCGGCCAAGCAAAAUCCCAAUGACUGUAUCCAGUUUGAACAGCAGCUGUCUUACCUAAACUCCUGCCCCUAACUGCAUCCACAGCUUCACUUUUGUAUUUCAGUUUUCCAUUAAUCAGCCAGAGUCUGGUCAUCUCUUAUUAAUGUCAAAUUGUGAACAAACCAUGACGUCUGAGACAGGGUGUGCUUUCUGCUGCAAGUGGACCUGUAACUGGAGCAAAGUGGUGAAUGAAACAUCCAACUGACCAAAUAAGCAACAAACUGAGGGUUCAGCAGACUACCUGGGGAGGCAUUGUGCAUCACGUCAUGUACAAACUCAGAAAUGACAGAUUUCAAAUUUGGCCUCCAGUGUUUGGGUUUUUUUUUUUUUCAAGCUGUGGAUAUAUAGGUGGGGUUGUAUGGAAAAGGUUAGAAAGGUAAUGCCCAUUGUUUUUGUUUUAUUUAUUGAAAGUUCCACUCUCUCUCUCCCCUCCAUCUUCCCUCUUUUCAGCUGGGUGUUCAUGGAUAAUGGCAGUAAAGUAGAGCCCAAGGAUUCGUGCCCACUUAUGUCCUGUUUUAAGGACAUGUUCAAAAGUUCCAACUAGUUAUCUAUUUCUUGUAAAAUACUAGGCUGUUUAAAAGAAUAAACUUUCAAUUCUG